GUUACACCGCAGAGCGCAGCGUCUGUGGUCGAAGUGAACGUAGCAGCAAAACGAACAGGGAAACUGGCGACACAUCAUUUUGAUGCAAAAACCUAGUUAGUCGCAGAUCUGACGACUUGUUUAAGCAGAAAUCCUGCCCUAAGGACUUUUCCUGUCGGUGUAUUGUAACGCUGACCUCCCGCACGGAGCCACAAUGAGCAUUGGCAGCGGCAGACACAGGACACCGUCCUUUACAAUGGCAACGCACCUGGGAGCCAAGUCUGACAUGGAGCGGGACUCGGGCUUCUCUGAUGCGAGCUCAGAGUACCUGAGUGCAGUGGAGCUUACAGACACAGAGGAGUCAGGGAGACAUGGCCAGACCGUGCUGAACCAGGAUCCAGCUGCUCAGCAGGUGGCUUUGAUGGGUAGCUCUUAUGCUGGGGUGUCUCCGAUGAUAAUUAUGAACAACUUUCUUCUUAAACAGCCUUCAAACAUUGCCACAUCAGAGAAGCAAUGGGGCAUUUCCUCUCCCAUGGAAGUGAUGCCUCAGUCACAAGUGGUUCUUCUUCAGCCUAUGCUAUCGAAUGGCAGCAACAGCACCCCAAAGGCAGGUUGUGAAAAUGGUCGACAAUCAAGAAGCUACACACCUUUCAAGUCUUAUCCAAGAAUCGCUCCACACCCAGGGGAGCAUCUGUACAAAAGGGCGGGAUCCUCCAGACUAAGAGGGUCUUCUGAAAAUGACGGGCGACAGAGAAGGCACCAUCACAGCCACAGAAUGUACAGUGCUGCUAGCACACAGGCCACACUGCAGACUUCAGUGAAACAGAAUAACACAACAGUGAAUAACCAGGCUCCAGUCACUGAACCACAGGGAUGUGACAAGGCUCCUACACCGCUCACAGGGUUCAGCUCUGUGUCCUCCUACACACAGGAAUUCCAGGCCGCCUUAAGUGACAUCUCCGUCAGCACUGACAAAGAUCCCUCCGCCAAUGACUGCAACAAACUGAAACGAUUCAGCAAUACCUACAACAUCCUCAGCAAGUCGGGCCUUUUGGGGAUCACUAUGCGGACGAAGCAGCUGAUCAAGGAGAACCGGCACACGCAGAGCCAGCUGCAGCAGCUGCAGGAGCAGACGUCUCUUCUGCUGGAGGCUCUGAGCAGUGGAGACGCCCAACUGUGGACUAAGCUCCAACUGUCUCUGCAGGACACAGAGAAGGAGCUCAGCCCAGCUAAGAGCCCUGUGCUCCUACUGUGAUGUCACACACAAGGCCAUGGUUAAGGGAAUCCUCCAGUGUUCUCCAAGGUCUUAAUCAGAUGUUAUUCCUAAAUAGGGCUGGGUACCUUACAUGCUUUUCAGGCACCACUACUUGGAACACUACCUGGUACUGGUACUUGAACAAUAUGUUUUUCUGUACCUUUUUGUGUAUUCAUUAUGAAGAAUAACAAAUAAGAAUUAUAAUGUUCAUAAAUUCAAUUUAAUACAAUUUAUUUAUCAUUCAUGUAUGGUCACAUUGCCUACUUAUUAACAGUAACCUCUUAGCACACAGUAAGCAUAAAAACUUUAAAAUAUUGUUCCUUUUAAACAGUACCCAGCCCUAUUGCUAUUUCAAUGUUUAUAUGUUGUUUAAUGUUAAUUGCCAUGAGUUGUAUUAUAGUUUGCGACGAAUAAACUAAAAUAUUUCUGCUGCGGUUUGGAAACUGUUUCAAACCUCUGCCUUAAUAUUUUUUGCCUUUUGCCAAGAGGCUGUAUGCUUCUUUAUAAUCAAUAGUUAACCACAUAAAGGCAUGCCUUUCAGCACAAGAGUGGGACAAUUAUCUGUUUUCUUUACUAUUGCUAUAACAUCUGUUCAGAUUCCUGCUGAAGCUUGUUUAUUUGCCUCAUUUGGAGUCUACAUUGAGUUGUGUUCAUGUCCAGUAAUGUAUCAGACUGAGUUAUGUAUGUUUACUGAGCUUGCUGCUUUUCUGUCUGUGUAUUUAUUGUUGGAAUAAUAUUGACCUUGGUAGCGAGGUGCUGUAGCCAUAUACUGUCGUUUGUCACUGAGACUUAGUUGCCCCUCGUCCUUUCUGCUUUGGCCCACUUGUGAUGGGGCUACAGAAAUGGCAUCUAAAUCCUAAACAACGUGGUACAAACUCCUGCACUUUAAAUGGGAUUUGGUUAUGUACUUGUGUUGACUGCUUCAGCUUCAGAUUAUAAAAUGUGUAAACUGAUAUUUUCUAGUUGCCUGUGCCUUUAGAGGAUGUUUUUAUAUCAGUUCUGGUUAGAAAUGAAACAAGAUGUAUGGGGCAAAGAGGUAGCCUUGGAUAUGUUAUAUUAACGAGCAUUUCAGUAUAACUUUAUAUUACUUAUUUUAGCUACAAGUGUAAUUAUCGUUAAAAAAAGUUUAUAUAUAUUAUAAAUUGAUGUUUUACUACUGUGUUUUGCACUUGCUAGCUUGUUUGAAAAAGCUUAUGUAUUGUGAUUUUUGUUAAAUUAUCUGAUAUAAAACUGCUUCAUUAC